UGCCGAGUGUUCCUCCUAGCGUGUACUUGGUAGUCAACAUUGAUACUGCCAUCAUUCAUGAGUUCGAUCCUGGUGAUAAGGUCCAUCAUCCCAGUUAAAUUCUCCUGGCAUUCUGAUUCAACUAGUUGUCAUCAAAGCGCCAGAAUGUCCAACAGCAUAGGGCGACGCCUGAAGGCAGUGUGGAAGAGCCUUGGAAUUGACUUCGAAGUGGCAUGUCUAAUGUUCAAAGGAUCUGUCCCGGUUGCCAUUUCACUGGCCAUCUAUCAAAGCACGGCUGUGUCAGAGGUGUACUCGUCUUUGGGAUUUCUGGUUUCCAUCAUCGCAGUUGUCACUGUCAACCUCUUACCACGUGCAGAGUUGAUCCAGAUGACCUUUACUAUAUGCGCCUUUACAGCCAUCGCCAUUUCUUCCAUGAUGCUCGCUACCUGGUCCGGGCUGCAGGCUCGUUUUCAUACUGACCCGCAAGGACUGCAUUCUUAUAACCUAAGACCGUAUAUCGUAGAAUUCCUAAGAAGAAGAAGUCUCGAGGCACGAUACCCAGCCCUUCUUAUCCCCACGAUUCUGUACAACAUCUUCGUCAUCGUCCAGCUCACUUCUUGUUCCCGCUUCGAGACCUGGGCGCAAUGCUGGGAUCUGAUCUACCUCACGACAAAAUGCUAUUACACCGGAAUUGCCAUCUCCUUCGUGUCAGGCAUCAUCAUCUAUCCUGUCUCUUGCCGAACAGAAAUGUUCAAGGUACAAAAGAAGUACCUUCAUGGAGUACGUGAUGUGCUUGAAGAGACUAGAUCAUAUCUCGCCAAUCUGCAAAAGGCUCCGACCUUUUUCCCUGUUCUGACACAUGGUGUGAAGCUUGACGAGCCAGAAAAGAUGCAAGCGGUCCGAGAUGGUACAGCGAUGAUACAGAAAAUGGCGGAAGUAAAGGCGGCUUAUACGAAGAUGCGCCACGAACUCGCCAUGGCGAAAAGGGAGAUUGCAUGGGGGAAACAAAGAGCAAGGGACUUUACUGCCAUCAGUGAUCUAUGUCGCAAAGUUCUCAUGCCCCUGUAA